AUGUCUAGAGGAUCGACGGGCAAUGGGUCGGUACCCAGCGAUAUAUCCGAGCUGUACGAGCAGUACCUGACUUCAGGAAUAAUACAGGAGACAUCAGGGAGUUCGAGAUUGCAGAAUAUCGGUAUUGAGAGAGAUGGAAGCAGGAGUGGAGGGUCAGAUGCCGGCGGAGGGACAGCUGACGGGUCAAAGGAAGACAAUGCAUCGAGCAUGUCGUCGUACACGAGCUCAGAAGGGCCGGAAUCCGGGUCGGAGUGCUUGUCACUGCAUUCGAACGCAGAAGCAGGAAAAAGCACAGAUGAAGAGGCGUCAGGGACGAGGCAGGAGCCGAGCUGGGCCGAGAGAGGAGCGGCGAGGAUUGUGACGCAGACCAGAGACGAGCAGGGCAAGGUUGUGACACGGGUGACGAAGAAAAGCGUGGAUGACUUCGAGAUGACGAAAGAGUUGGGGGAAGGGUCGUAUUCGACGGUUUACCUGGGGAAGGACCGGGCCAGCGGCAAGGUGUACGCGGUAAAGGUGCUGGACAAGCGGCACAUCAUCAAGGAGAAGAAGGUGAAGUACGUGAACAUCGAGAAAUUCGCGUUGAACCGGCUCCGGGGCUCGCGUGGGAUAAUCCACCUAUAUUACACGUUUCAGGACCGCAACAGCCUCUACUUUGUGCUCCAGUAUGCACCGAACGGCGAGCUUCUCACGCUCAUCAAGAAGUACGGGUCGCUCUCGCUGGACGCGGCCCGGUACUACUCUGCACAGCUGAUUUCGGCAAUUGACUACAUGCACGCCCACGGGGUGAUCCACCGCGACUUGAAGCCCGAGAACGUACUGAUUGGGUCCGACAUGCGGAUCCUCGUGACGGACUUUGGCACCGCGAAGAUUCUGCAACCUGUUUCUCCCCCUGGGGGACAGACUCCGCCCGAGUACCCGGAAAAAGUCCGUGCCUCGUCUUUUGUCGGCACAGCCGAGUACGUGUCCCCUGAGCUUCUCAACGACAAGUGGUGUGGCCGGGAGGCGGACGUGUGGUCUUUUGGCUGUGUUGUGUACCAGAUGAUUGCGGGAAAACCACCUUUCAAGGCUGGAAACGAGUACCAGACGUUCCAGAAGGUGAUCAAGCUCCAGUACGCAUUCAAUCUCGUGCGGCGGAUCCUUGUCACGAGGCCGGAGGCCCGGCUCACGGUGCAUGGCGUGCAGCAGCACUACUGGUACCGCGGGCUGGCGUGGGAUGAGGCGAGUAUAUGGGGCAGGGGUCCCCCGCGGCCACUUGGGCCGUACCGGCUGACCGCCCAGGCCAUGAUGCCCAUCGUGGGGCUCGAGGGGCCUCCACCGGGCCGGCCCGGCGUGCGUACCGCGGGCCGGGGUAGCGACACCGUGAGCUACGCCCCGUCGUUGGGCACGAGGCACGCGACACCGCUGGGGGUCCCGGUGGGGGUCCCUCCAGCAGCCACCACGGGAACCCCGGUAGCUCCACCGGGCGCCAGGCGGUCCACCCGGGGAUCUGCCCCGCUGGCAGCCCAGGCCGCGUUGGUCGAUGCCCAGAGGAGGGGGCGAAGCAAUGUGGUGGUUUCGGCAAGUGGGGGGAGGAGUAAAGCAGGGAGUGUAAAUAAGGCACUGCACCCAGGCACGGCACACUUAUCUGCAUUUUAUUCGAAUACUGCACAUCCAAAUAAUACACAUUCAUCUACUGCACAUUCGAAUAAUACACAUUCAUCUACUGCACAUUCAUCUACUGCACAUUCAAAUAAUACACACCAAUCUACUAAACAUUCAAAUAAUACACAUCCAAAUAAUACACACCCAUCUACUGCACACUCUUCUCCCCCAUCCCCCCACCCCCAUAACCUCAUACCAGGCACUAACAUCCCCCGGCCAAUGCUCCGCACUCGAAUAGUCAGCAGGGCACAUUCGACGCCGUCGAUCGGCGGUCGGAACACCAACUCGGCCUCUUUCGGGUCCACACACUCGACAGACUCGAUUAUCCGGCAUCGGGCGCCGGACGAGACCCCUGCAAUGACUUCUUUGGACUUGACGUGGGCCGAUUUCUUACGGAAAGACGAACGCGUGAUAAAAGCAGGCCUCGUGGACGUUUCGAGGCAUUUAACGGCCCGGUUCGAGGACAUGUUCCGCGGGAAGAUCGCGGAAUCGCCGUUGGGAUACAGCAGCCGGGAGCUGGACGGAGAUGUACUCCACAGGGCCGAAAACUGCGUGUCGAUGAAGUUUUCGGACCGGUUCAACAAGGAGGAGGCGCGGUACGAGGCGAAAAAACAGGCAGACAGGGGUGCUGGUGCCAAAAUAAGGAGUCUUUUCAACUUGAAGAGUGACAGAACAAGCCGCGAGAACACACUGGACGGCAGUAUCAUCAUGAAAGGCCGGGCUCUGGUCGUCACAACGCUUGGAAGAGCACUUUUCUUCAUCCGGCACAUCGACCGCCAGCAUGACAAGUACGAGCAGUGUGCAGAGGUCAACUUGGCCUGUCCAGGCAUGAAGUUCGUCGAGGUUGCAGGUGCAGGUUUUGCCACCAGUUCGGGAACCGUGCUUGGUACUUUUGCCAUUCUUUCCAGCGUCUAUACGCUUGCAAUCGACGCAGAACGACCCGAAAUAAGCCUCUGGACACGCAGUAUGGCACGCAGCAGGUUGCAACAGCAGGCGAGGCUGGUUUCUGCCGAUGCAGAAAGGAGGAAAACUGCUUUUAAGGCUGCUACACUUGCUGCCAAUGCCGAAAAGGGGCCAGAAAGCUCCAAAUUGGGCAGAAAACCGCCUCCUCCAAUCGAUAUGAAGCAGGAGCAGACUUUGCGGAAAAUUGGCGUCAAGGAGAAUACAAUCAAGACUUCUGAAACAGACGAUGCUCCAUCUAAGCUUUCCCAUACCGGGCAUUCCAGCAAUACUGCAACCACCUGGAAGCUGCGAUCCACAAUGAGGGAUAAUGCCGCGGGAAACUCGGCCAGCCACAACUCCAAGCAUGCCAGAAACAGGAGCCUGCAGGAGCGGGAGGAAAUACGCAUCCUGGCCGACAAUUCACCAAUGAUCUCUGCUGCAAUCAGCAAGGCCGUGGCUUCCUCGUCCACACCCGUACACCGGAAUGAGCAAGGCGACCGCGGCAGCCGGCACCGCCACUGGCACACUGCCCGAUAG